CAAAGUUUCGCUCACUCCCUCCUGCUGCUGCCCUCGCUGCUGCCUCACACCUCACACCUCACCUGUGCACCACCACCGCCUCGCCUCACGUUUUUUCUGUAUCCUAAUAUAACCUGACCUAACCUAACCUAACGAUCUAACUGGUCUAACCUAAACCAACCUGACAUAACCUAAGUGACCUAACCUAACUAGCACUUAACCUAAUCAACCUAACGUAACCUGACGUAACCUAACUUAACCUAACCUGAUCCUAACUUGACCUGACCUGACCUAACUUAACCUGACCUAACCUCAUCACUUAACCUAACCAAACUUAACAACACUGCACCGCCGCCUCGUCUCACACACUCAUUCUGCACCGUGACUUAACUAACCUGACGUGACCUGACCUGACCUGACGUAACCAUGGUGGACUUAAUCGCAAUCCUGGGGCUGUCAGUGGCGGUGGUGGUGCUGGUGUGGCUGGCGACAUGCGGGACCAGCUGCCGGCCUCCCUGGAAGUGCUGCAGGCGUCGCAACCAAGCCCAGGACAUGGUGACAAUACAAGUGGACCUGAGGAGCGGCGAGGUUCAAACGUGCACCAACAACCUGGGAACAGCCUCCUCCCAGUCGCCCCUGCACGUCACACAAGUCUCCAGUUUGUCCCAGCAAGGGAUACAGGAUGAGGUGAAGGUAACGCCGAGGACGAGGACGCCCACACGCACUUACGCCUCGCACAUCACCACAGCCACGCAGACUUACCUCUCCUCGCCUCUCAGCCUCAGCAUAGCAGCGUUAGAGUACUCAUCGGAGGUCACACCGCUUGACAAGAGUAUGUGGGAGAGUUUAAGCCCGUCCACCAGUCCCACCAGCACAGCAAGCACCGAACGCUCCCUCUCGAACACGUCAAGUUACAUCAACACCACGUACUUCGAGGAAGUCCCACAGGCGACCAAGCAACUCCUCGACAGUCCUGGCCAGCUCAGCACCCAAGAGGCUCCCAAGACAGGGGUGUUGAUAGAACUGGAUAGACUCGACAACCGCGCCAGCUCCUCCUCUCUCCAGUUCACGUCAGGGUCCUCAGACGACUCCAGCCUGACCAGAAGCACCUCGACUCUCCUCGCUAAGUCCGACCCUUGUAUCUUCCCUGACUUGGCGGACCCUGACGUGGAAUUUAACGAAAACAAGGAGAACGCUGAAGAGAACAAAGAGAACGUUGAUCCCAAUGCCAUCCGUCCUUCGUGUUCUGGCGUGGCAUCGAACACAGAACUUCCUGAAGACACCCUUAAACAAACCCUUAAACCUAACCCAGGACAUACCACUGCACUAGUCGCCGAAGUGGAUGAAGAGGGACAGAAUCUAAUCUCUUGCUCGUCUGUAGAGUGCGAGGCAGGAGCACUACCAGACCCACUGCCAGACUCGUCAACCUCCCCCGCCUUGCCUGUCGCCAAGGAAGAGGACGACGCCCAGGUGCCAGACUCGGACAUUGAGAGCUACCACACCUGUGAGGACGGCGCGAGUGACAGGGAGGAGGACACGCCCACCAAGGAAAGCGUGAAGGAGAAUCUUGACUUGACUACUGACUGAUGCUUUGGUUGUGUUAAGUGAGUGAGAGAGUGGCUGAGAGAGUGGCUGAAUGGUGAAUGAAUAAGUGUAGGUGUGUGAUGCAUUUUUUAAAGUUUUAGAGAAAUUAAUUUAGAUUCUUACGAGCACUAUGUCCUGGUGUGAAUUUUUAUCUCUAAAUGAUCGCGUUCCUUUAGCAUGUUAUUUUUAUUGAAUGACGAAGCUCCUCUGGCUGAUUAUACUUCCAUUAUGUACACUGAGCAUAACCUGUAACGUGGGAAUGCUGUCUCGGAAAGGUUUUGGUGUGUCUAUCAGACUGACUUCAAGAAUACAAAAUCUUAAGACACGAGAAA